CUGAAAUAGUGAAAAAUCAAUAAUGGACGCCCCCCCUGGGGGGGACGCUUUGCGAACCCCCCUGGGGGGGCGAAGUCUAAACAUGUUUGACCUUUUGUACGAAUUAAAAUACUUAAAUUUUGAUGGAUUUCUGAAUGGCUGCUUCGAGGGGACGUUUUGUAGGAGUUGUUUGAGGAAACGACAUCUUUUUACACAACUGUUAAAUUCCACCGGGAAUCCAUUCGCGCGAAGCGCGAAGCCAACGGACAGACUGACGGGGUUAACUGCUAGAAAUUCGAUAAAAAAUGCUAUAGAUAUCUCUUUUUUGCAAGCUGUGGUAUAGGGAAGCUGGGAGCUGGCUGGAGAUAAGGAAAGAAGCCGGUAAAAAGAAGUAGGUGUAUCUACAAAUCACGCUGUAAUCCCAGCUACCUAGUUCAAUCUUCAGCCCAUCUCACCUCUGCGGUCUCAUUCUUACCCUAAUUUUGAAAUUAACCGCUAAUUUGUGCAAGUUAACAGUUGUGCAAGUUAACGGGCUUAAUGAUGGACGCAAAUGUCUUGAUCUGCAUGAGGACUGUAGCCGGCCAACCUUUACGCGUACAAGAUAGCGCAUUGGGCAAACCCAGUUUCCGGCUUUUAUUAAAAUCGACAUAAUGCUGUUUUAAAAUCGCGCGGAGCGCGAAAAGAUUAAUUUUUUUGGUGCUUAAAUGGUGCAGUUUCGCGUGUUUCUGGUAAAAAAAUAUAAAAUUAUCACCCGCCUUAUUUGUUACUCAUUCCCAUCCUAUCUUUCUAUAACCGCAAUUCCCACCGCUUUUUUUAUCUUACAUUCACUCCCGCAAACGUUGGCCACUAAACAGUUGCGAUUUUGCGUGAAGAAAUAGGUAUGUACUGUAGCCGCCCGCACAAGUUGCCCCACAGAGUGAGGUAUACGGAUAUUUGGCCUCACAUUGCUCGCUGUUCAGCGCAGUGUGUGCAGGGAGAAGGCAGCGGCCGGAUCUGCCAAUGGAGCAACUUGUGCGGGCGGCUACAGUACUCUAUGUGUUUAGUACUUGAGAAGACAGGCCGAUCGACUGCUAGCCGGCUGCCGAAAUACCACUUGACGGGCAAGGUAACGAACAACGACAAGGUGAUCUGACAGUAUCUGUAUUACGAGUAUGAGCUUAGAUAUGCAUGGAACAAAUUAUUUCAACUGAUUAAACAGCUAGAACAAAGAAAACCCAAUUAUCGAGGAAUUUAAUUUAAAAUUGAAAGACCCCCAUUUUAAUUUUAUAAUUUAUUUGAAUUUUACAAAAAUGGACACCUUUGGCAGCAAUGAUGGACAAACUAUUUUCAAUGAUGGACACUGUGUCCAUUAAUGGACACUAUUUCAGUCUUUGCUCCAUCGUCUUCGGUUAAGCCCCGCACCCUGUACCGUACAAUACAUGACUUCAUCACCGGCCUGUGGUUUACGAUGCCACUUUAGGUAUGUGGCUUGGAGACCGUAGCGAGUGUACCGUGUCAGCUAUCGACACUCAUAGCCUAGACUCGAUCAAAGCCGACAGUUUGGCCGUUGUCCAUCUGAAGAGCGCCCGCGAUCUGUUGGCGUGGAAUCGCUCCGGUGCGCUGUACGUGGGACAGCGGGACUUCCACGGGAUGCCGACAAAUGUGUGGGUAUCGCAGCGGAGCAACAACGACCCGGCGGAGAACAUCACCACCAUUAUGGAAACUUAUUGGCUACAUGAAAACUGGACGUCUUCCGGUUCCCGGGAGCGCCCGCUGGUGGGAAUAUCUGUCUGUCGAGCAUUCCCCAACGGAACUAUCUUCGAGACUCUGCAAAAUACUGUCAGCGAUUUCAACCCCUUUCCUGUCACCUGGAAACCAUUUGCCGUUGCGGACUGUCUGCGGGACGGGGAAGAGAUAGCAAUCACGUUCGGCUUGAAGGUGCAGAACUACACGGAAGUGGAAAUGUAGAAGCCCGCUUUUGAGGUGGUGAUGCGCGACGCGCUGUCCCGUCUGACCGGCGCAUCGCCACUGCAGUUCAGUGAUAUCCGGGUUAUGGGGAGUAAUACUUUGAACGACUCACUUAUCUGGGUGAAGGUAUCGGACUGGGUCAAUAUCACCGUCAGUGGGGCCAAUGCGAUACAGUAUCCAAAUGUCACGCAAGCGUUCAGCGCUCUGAGAAACUGCUAGACGGUCAAGAUGUGUCGUUCGCGAUUCAGUUUGCCAACAGAACGCAGGUUCGUACUAUUUGCGUAGUAAAUACAUACAAAGCUGCCAACAUUUUAACGAACACACCAAAAACAUAUACACAGCCUUACAGAGAAUGAGGAAGCUUAGGCUCUGUGCGCUCACAUAACUACUUACAUCCACUGAGAUUAAAAAUCAGUGUGCAGGCGGUAGAACAGCAAUGAGCAAUCACAUUCACCACAGUAAGUUUGAAGUUUGAACCAAAAAUUAGGAAAUGACUGUACUGUACGUAUUUGCGAAUUGAAAACUGAGAAUUAGCAUUUUCCCCUUGCAGUCUGUGGCAUUUCUAAAUGAUUCGAUUCAGAUCGCCACUUACAUUAUGAAGCCGACCACCACACCGACUCGCCCGACAACCAUCCGUCCCACGGAGGCGCCUACCGCCGUCGCGCAUGAGCAAAAUUCGUACCCGCUCGCUACCACCAAUAAAGUUUUCCGACUAGCCACCGGUGGCGCAUAUAACCCCGCUUUCACAUACAACCAGCAGCAAAUUAGUUUUCUUUUCCUUUCCGUUUUCAGCGCUCUGACUCGUAACUGCGAGUAAGUUAGUUCCACCACUGGUGAAUCCAGGCUGCGCUUGAUGUUUGAUUGUAUUGUUUUUUAAAGUUUAUCGCCCUCACAACCCUGAUUUGCAAGCGUUGCUGUGGAAACGUCCACACUGCAUCUGGCUUCACUCUGGUGUCUUGUUUGUGUUGAUUGAAUCUCCAUAUGCCGCACUGUUUGGGUGCUGUGCUGCGGAAUCUGAGGCAUUACCAAUGUUUUUGACAUAGACCGUCACAUAGCAACGGAUGUUGUAAUGGGAACGCUGUUGGUGUUAAUACGCUUUACGUUGGGUGAUUGGACGCAACGAAAGUACUGCCGCCAAAGGGAAUUAUACUGGUGUAAAGCGCAUUUCAAUUUAGGGUCGAGAAACCUCUGAAUUGCUGUCGAAAUCGCACGGGUGAGCUCAGCUCGCUAAGCCCCGGCAGGCUUGCCGGCCGGCCAUAUUACGUGACGACUGUCAAGCAGGGCGCUCGUACUUCCACGUUAUUUUAUUGGCUAUUGCCUCUUGAAAUUAUUAGAAUUACGUGUUUAGUUUAUCUAAAGCUUAUUAAGUGUCAUCUUUCUCAAUAGCUGUGUCGUUUUCGAUUUUUUUACAAUAAUAAGAAGUAAUUAAGCUCUAAUGCGAGGCAAUGCUGCCUGUGUACAGGAAACGUUCUAUUUCGCCUGCCUGGACCCAUACUGCACUCGAAGAAUCUGUAAUGGCGAGUAGCAAGCCCACAACCAGCGUGAAUCUCGAUGGACCCAGUGUGCAGCGUUCCGCUGAGCCAGGUGCGUCCGCGAGCGGAGACCAGGAACCGUUCAAAGCGCUGGACGAGACCUGCGCCUGGGUGAAGGCCAAGUGGGAAGAGGAGCGACGGAGCGAACGCCAGACGAUCAGCACGCUGGAGAAGCGCGUGCAGAGUCGCGAGCGGGUCAUCGGCGAGCAGAAGACGGUGCUGGGACAGCUGCAGACCGAGCUGACCGUCAAGGAGCGCACGAUUACCCAGCAGCAGGCGCGUGCCGCGGACAGUCAGCGCCGCAUCCAGGAGCUGCAGACGCGGCUGGCGGCGGAGCAGCGCCGCGUGGCGGAGGUGACGGCGCGCAAUGCCAAGCUCCUGCAGGUCGCCGCGUCCUUCCGCGGGGCUUUUGCCGUGUACGCGCAGAACCGCGAUGUGCUGGACCAACUGAUGAAUUCCCAAGGGGACGGCGGACAUCCCGAUGCGGCCAUCCCGGCGGUUGUGCCGAUUCCCGCUCCUGUUAUGGUCGCUGCUGCAGAAAAUCCCGUGGUGGUUGGCCGGGGCGCCGCGGAAUCCGCGACCGCCGCACCGCAUCCCACAGCGCCGGAGCUCCCGCUGGAAACGGUCGCCGAGCACGUGGAAAUUGACACGGCGCCGCCGCUGCCCGGGGCGGACGACCCGGGCGUGGACACGCCGCCCGUCGUCUCCAGCGAGCCCUCCCCGGAGCCCAGCGCCGCGCCCCCGCCCUGCAAAUCCAUCCUGGUCACGCCCCCGAAAACCAUCAGCCCCGCCCUCGUCUACCGCGCCAGCACCUCCCCCUCGCCCUCGGAGGAGCCCCGGCCGGCCAAGAAGACGGUGACGUUCUCGGCGCUGCCCGUGCCGCUGAAGCGGAAACGCGCCGAAACCCUGGCGGCCGGCACGGUAUGCCCGGUGUGCCUGCUGGAGUACGGCGACGCCGGGGAGCUGCGCCGGCACGCCUGCCCCCUGCGGCCCUCCUUCCCCUGCACCGCCGACGGCUGCCACGACAGCUUCCAAACCGAGUCCGGCCGGCGCCGCCAUGCGCGGGCGGUGCACGGCGAGUAGCCGCCCCCGGGCAGCGCCGAGUGAGGGACUAGUGCCGGGGAUGUCGGUUAAGUGUGCGUCGUCAGGAGUUCCCUGUUGCGCGCUCGGUUUAAUGUUAAUCUCGCCGGUUUUACUGUUACUAACUGUUAUUGACUAAAUUGUCUGUUUUCAAGUGUUUUCCUGCGUUUUCUGAUUUAUUUGUUGUUGUUUUAUGGGUGUGGUUUCAUGUUGGCACUAAUCUCAGUAAUUUUGUUGAAUUCCUAACCUUCCACCGAUCUUACAGUAUUAAAACGAUU